UUGGUGGCACGGACAUUUUAAUCGAGAUCAACGUUUAACCUGAAAUAGUUUGUGCUGUUUGCUCAGAGUUUGAAUCAGAAUUAAAUUCUAGUUUAUUUCAGUUUUGUGCUUCACUCCUUCAGCUUCUCGUUGUGUUUAAUAUUCAGAUGAAAUUGUGGCUCACAUGGAGAUCAUAUCAUCUGCACCGGUUGUGUUUGUCCUGUUGGGGAUCUGGAAUAAAGGUCUAGCAGUUCUGAUCCAAAACCAGCAGACGGUGUUGGCAGCAGUAGGAGAAGAUGUUCCUCUCAGCUGUCAGCUGAUGGAAACUAAAGACGUCCAGCAGGUCACCUGGCAGAAGGUCUUGGAGAAAAGAGAGAGGAAUAUUGUUUCCUACAGCGAGUAUUUUGGUGAAACAGUGAAUGAUGGAUUUAAAGAUAAAGUUCAGUUUACAGAAGCUGGACUGCGGAAGAUCUCGAUAGUUAUCAGGAAUGUUACGGAGCAGGAUGCAGGAUGUUACCUGUGUCUGUUUAAUGCCUAUCCUGAUGGAGCUCUGACAGCUGAAACAUGUCUGAAGGUUUAUGAGCUGCAUGGACCCUUCAUUGAUGUCAGCAGAUCAGACUCUCCUCCAGGGUCGGUGGUGACCUGUUCAGCCACAGGUCGACCUGUUCCCAUGGUAACACUGACUGUUCUCCAUCAGAACCUCAACUUCUCUCACUAUAACACCAGCAGAGAGACCAACACAAACGGUACCAUCACUUCCACCACUACAGCUCUGCUCUCAGCUCUCAACAUCACACAGGUUGGAUGUUCAGUAUCACUGGACUCUGCUGCUCUCAGAGAUCUGCUGGUCAUCGUUCCUGGACUCUCAGAGACGUCUGAUGAUGGGUUGGUCAAACAAUGUCGAUCGUAUUGCCACACCCAUCAAUUGCCUUUGAUUGCUGCUCUCAUGGCAGUCGUGGUUUGUUUAGCCAUCCUGCUCGGAAUAAGAUUUCAGAGAAGGAAUAAGAAACCUUCAGAGGACUCCACAGAAAACCAGAAGAUGAACGUCUCACCAGCGUCGAGCUAAAACCUCAGACAACGAUCACCUGAAAAACAAAAACUAAACGGUGGGUUAUAUCCAUCGCCAUAACAACAGGAACACUAAAUUUUGACCUUUUUGUUUGGGUAACUCAGCAAUAUCUGACCGAUUAGGCAGCUAUUCCUGAAGUUAAUAGGAAGAAAACCGAUAAUCGAGUUUUUGUCUCUGUUCCAUUGAACAACAAUCAGUGUUUACAAGUGCAAGAGCAUCAAAUGUUUUCUGAUUUUGUGUUGUUCUCAGUUAUGCUUUUCUUGGUUUUUCCACCAAAUUUGAUCAAAGAUGGUGACAAAACAUUUUUUGUAACCAUGUCCUUAAACAUUAAAAACAAAAACAUACUUGCACCUCUUCAAGUAUUGCCUGAUUGUUUUCCUGCUUUUUUUGAAGUAAUGGGUCUCACAUUUCUUUGUUUUAAAAAUGUUUUUUUUUAUUUUUCAAAAAAAUAUAGAGAAUGUUUGUUAUUGUUGUUUUACUGAAGUUAAUGAAUGCAUCUACAUAACAAAUUAGACAAAUGUCAAAGUUGCUGCUGUUGAUCAAAAAGAAACUGUGAAUCUAUGAGGACUUUAAAUAUUUUGAAUCUUUGUAACUCCAUGAUGUAAAGCCAGAAAGUAUAAUGUUUUAAAUUUGAUAUUGAAAUAAAGAUUUAA